AUGGUCCUUGGCCGUAGUCUGCAGCCUCGCAAGGUGGAUGCAACGCAUCCCCGCAGUCUUCCAGCCCUUUCUGCGAGACGCAGCCGCCGCCGAUUUGGCAGGCCUCGCAGAAGACGGCUAGUCUGGGAUGCAGCCGAGGCUUUGGGGCUCAGUGGCCUUCUUCGCCAGAUUGGAAGGCGUGUGCGGCCCUGGCGGAAGCGCAGUGCAAAAUGGAAGCGGCGUGCUACAUCAUCGAUGGUCAGUUUUUGGCAGGAGUGGGGUGCGUCGCGUUGGAUUCGUGAAGCCUUCGGCUUGCUUCUACGCAUACCACUUCUUCGGCAGGUCCUCUUCAGGGACAGUCAGUGCGAUGCCAGCCUACUCUUCCUCUUCGUUGCCAAAGGUCGUCCCAACCGCGACCGGCUGAACAUGCCUCACAGGAAUCGGAGAGACACUGUGGCUCGCUGUCUAUCAGGUGCUCUCUGGCGUGCCCCCGGCGUAGCGUACCAAGAUCGGGCGGCAGCGCUGCUCUUCGAAGAUGGUCGCACUUGGCUGCUGGAUACUGAUGCCACCGUCUCGUCAGUGGGACGACUUCCAAAUGAGAGCGCGCUGCUCUCUUACGUCUGGAGAUCCGGCAAGACUGGCUCUGGCGGAGUGCGAGAAGUUGUUCCCCCACGAUCUGAUCGCUACUUGGAGGCAGCGGCCUACAGGCUCUUUCGAAGCCUGGGGUCGCCUGCUGGCAGCGCCCUGAUCCUGCUGGACGACACGCAUCCCUCGCUGCCUCUUGUGGGUUUUGAGUCCCCGCCUCGCAUCAGGCGUGCGCUUUGCUUGCUUGGCUGCCCAGCUGGCUUGAGCCCCUUCCAGGAGCGAGCUUUUGCGCGCGCAGCACGCUGUGCCGGCUGGCAGGUCCUUCGGCUGCGGCUGGGCAAAGCGUCGGAGUUUGCCUCAAAGAUGGUUGCGCGACUCCAGGUUUGGCACUCCUGUGGGCGCCUGUUUCCCUCCCUUGAUGCCGUGGAAGCACUUGGAGGUAUGCGAGGUUCGUUGCCAUGGCCGUCACAGCGCAACCUUUCGAAGGACUAUGACAGCGGUGCCCUGAGCAAGGUUGGGGUUCAUUUCCUCGUCCCUGUUGACUCAGAGCUCGCUGAGCUAACUUGCCACGAAAGCCAGCGUUCCUUCGCCGCUCGUGGGGAGCUGGCUCUGGCGGCACGCAGCACGGUGGCGGCGGUUUGCCACUCCAAGGGUGGCUGGCGGGGCUGCCAAAUCACCUUGUGUUUCGGGUGUGGAGGAAUGAUCACCAUCACCGGUGCGCUCCCGGACCGGUUGGUCAAAAAAUCGGUUGCCAUGACCGAGUCCAAUUUCUUGACCGAGCUCACCAAGGCAGCAAAAUUGUCCAAUCAGGAGAAUGCUGAAUCUGCGCGAGGAGUGGAAGUGCAUCGCGCAGGAGAGAGCUUCUGCUGCGAGCAUGCGCUGGUGCUGGACAUCAUGCAAGAAGGAAGCAACGACAUGCUGACUCCUCGACAAGAGGCCGAGGAUUCUGGGCUUACGGCAGAGUCUGCACACCCUGCCGACAAGCUGCUUGCGGCGCUGGACCAGCGGCCUGAGUCUCUCCUGGUUGAUUUGGGCACAACGAAAACAGCUGCAGCAUCACGCCGCAUCACGGCAUCACUUUGUGGCUGUGAUCUCGGAAAUGCGCCGGAGGUGAUUGGCAUCCUCCAGAGUGGCCUUCUGGGUGAAGAGCAGUCGUCCCUGGAAGUCCUUCGAACAAUCCUCCAGCCUCCACACUGUGUGUCGCCUGGGCUACAGCUCUAA